UUUUUCUGCCGGUUCUAGAAAACCAACCACGAGUUGUCGUCGUGUGGGAGAAUCCAUCUUGAAGAGAGCUCUCCGGUUGUGUGACUAGUAAGCACAUUUUUUGUACUUCUUUAUUCUCCUUUUUCGACAUAUUUCAAGUUGAUAAGUUAAAAUGUCUGAGCUAGAGCAGCAGUACAUGGAAACAUCCGAAAACGGCCAUGAAGUCGACGAGGACUUUAACGGAGCCGGCCACACCGAGGAGGGGAUCGACGAUAGCGCCUUGAAUGACUGCGGAGAGGGCGAGGAGCAAGGCGUGGAGGAGAACUCGCAAAACGGCGGCUCGGAGGGCGGCCAGAUCGACGCCAGCAAAGGCGAAGAAGAUGCUGGGAAAAUGUUUGUUGGUGGUCUCAGCUGGGACACAAGCAAGAAGGAUCUUAAGGAUUACUUCUCUAAAUAUGGUGAGGUGACUGACUGCACCAUCAAGAUGGACCAGCAGACUGGAAGAUCAAGAGGUUUUGGCUUCAUUCUCUUCAAAGAUGCAGCCAGUGUUGACAAGGUCCUAGAACAGAAGGAGCACAGGCUAGAUGGCAGAGUCAUUGACCCCAAGAAGGCAAUGGCCAUGAAGAAGGACCCUGUGAAGAAAAUUUUUGUGGGAGGCCUUAACCCUGAUACCUCAAAGGAAGUCAUUCAGGAGUACUUUGGAACAUUUGGAGAGAUUGAGACCAUUGAACUUCCACAAGAUCCAAAGACAGAAAAGAGGAGGGGGUUCGUAUUCAUCACGUAUAAAGAAGAGGCUCCUGUCAAGAAGGUGAUGGAGAAGAAAUUCCACAACGUCGGUGGAAGCAAGUGUGAAAUCAAAAUCGCCCAGCCCAAGGAAGUCUACCAGCAGCAGCAGUAUGGUGCCCGUGGAUAUGGUGGACGUGGCAGAGGACGUGGUGGCCAGGGCCAGAACUGGAAUCAAGGUUACAACAACUACUGGAACCAGGGAUACAACCAGAACUAUGGCUAUGGACAGCAAGGCUACGGAUAUGGCGGCUAUGGCAACUAUGACUACUCUGCUGGUUAUUACGGCUAUGGGGGUGGCUACGAUUACAACCAGGGCAAUACAAGCUAUGGGAAAACUCCAAGACGUGGAGGCCACCAGAGUAGCUACAAGCCAUACUGAUCACACGUAGUGCAGGUCUAAAGUAAAUAAGAAAAAGAGAUCCAUGGUCUGACCACAGCGAACAUGGGCUCUGGCUUUUCCUUUGGAGUUGGCAGAAAUUUGGACUCAUACUCCAUUUGUACAGAUCAAGUGAGGAACUGGGGAAGCAAAUGUCACUUUUCCACUUUUUAUUUUAUAUUGUUUUGUGUCCAUUUACAUUUCCAGUGAUGGAAGUGUUAUUUUUACUGUACUUUUUGGUACCUUUUUGAAUCUAAUGUAUUGUAUGGUUGUAUUUUUACAUGUCUACUGGAUUUACAGAUGAGCAGGAGCAAGAGCUUUUAAAGCUCAAAAAUAAAACAAAUUUGCUUUU